AUGAAGAAUAGUUGUAAUAAAAUGCGCCGAAGUAGAAAAAGCUUCUUCAUAAAAAUAACUUGUGGUUAUUCGGUUUAUCCUCUCUUCUAUGUUACAAUAUUUUGUAUCGCUUCUAUUUUGUAUAAAACACAUACUUACCUUUAUUUUUUUUAGAUUUUGCAAACCACCAUAACUUUGAGGCACUUUCUCUUUGGAAAAAGCGUUUAAACAUCGUCAUUGAACUCGCCGGAAUUCGCUGCAUUGUGAAAGCCUAAUGUCUUAUUUCUAGGCGGACGGAUAAAUAACUCACGGAAAUGCAAAUUAUGCGGUGGGCGUGGCCGGCAUUUGAUACAAUCAAAGGAUAUCGAUAAAACUAGAAGGCGAGAGCGAGCCGUUUUGGGAGGCAGGGGCCCAAUUAAAAAGCCCACACCCUGCCCCAUCCACGCACUUGUCCAAAGAUAGAUAGUGAUAGAGAUAUUGAAAGAAUCGAUCCAAAAAUGGGCAACCUUCGGGUGGUGGCCCUAUUGUUGGCCAUCCUAAUUAGCAGCUGGCCCAGAGCCUCUUUGGCCGCCACAAGCCAGAACGGCAGCCCAGUGGAUGCCACUGGUGGCAACUACACUAACAAUUACAAUGCGAAUGGCAGUGGCAAUGGGAAUGGAAAUGGAAAUGGGAAUGCGAAUGGAAAUGGAAAUGGGAUUGGCAGUAGCAGCGGCAGUGGCAGUGCCAAUGGAAAUGGUAGUGGGAAUAAUUUCCCAUAUUCCUCCGACCACAACGCCAACGAUUCGAUGGAGUACGAUCCGGAGAGUGUGGCUCUCGAGCGGAUUGUGUCCACGAUAGUGCCCGUAUUUUUCGGCAUUAUCGGAUUCGCUGGACUACUUGGCAACGGGCUGGUCAUACUGGUGGUUGUGGCCAACCAACAGAUGCGCUCCACCACCAACUUGCUGAUUAUCAAUCUGGCCGUAUCGGACAUUCUGUUCGUAAUCUUCUGCGUUCCGUUCACAGCCACCGAUUACGUAUUGCCGGAAUGGCCGUUUGGCAAUAUUUGGUGCAAGUUCGUUCAGUACAUGAUUGUGGUUACAUGCCACUGCAGUGUUUACACAUUGGUCCUGAUGUCCUUCGAUCGCUUCCUGGCCGUAGUUCAUCCUGUGACGAGCAUGUCUCUGCGAACGGAACGCAAUGCCACAUUGGCCAUCAUGUGCGCUUGGGUAACAAUUGUGACGACUGCAAUUCCGGUGGCACUUUCACACUCGGUGCGAAUCUAUCAGUACCACGGAGCCGCUGGCACCGCUUGCGUUUUUUCCACAGAUGAGGAGGUAUGGAGUCUCGUCGGUUUCCAGGUUUCUUUCUUUUUAUCAUCGUAUGUGGCACCCUUGACGCUGAUUUGCUUCCUCUACAUGGGUAUGUUGGCUCGUCUGUGGAAAAGUGCUCCUGGCUGCAAACCUUCCGCUGAGUCACGGAAGGGAAAGCGACGCGUCACACGAAUGGUUGUUGUCGUCGUAUUGGCAUUUGCCAUCUGCUGGCUACCCAUUCAUGUCAUCCUGGUUUUAAAGGCGCUCGAUUUGUACGGCGGAAGUCACUUGUCGGUCAUCAUCCAGAUCAUAUCUCAUGUGGUGGCCUACACCAAUUCCUGCAUCAAUCCCAUUCUCUACGCAUUUUUGUCCGACAACUUUCGCAAAGCGUUCCGUAAGGUGGUAUGGUGUGGCAGCCCACCGCCGUUGAUGACCAAUCAACAGGUGACGAAGACCACGCGAACAGCAACUGGAAAUGGAACGUCCAAUAUUGAAAUGCUCUAAGCGGCUCAUUAAAUUGAAUUGCACUUGGAGGUCGUCGGAUCGUUUUUGAAGACGGUUUUCGAAAAAUCCCAAAAAAACGGCAAAAUGUGAAUUUAAAUAGUAAACAUAAUAAAAUCGAACAAAAAUAUGUAUUCAUAAAAACGUUUAUAAGUUAACUUAAGAAGUAGAAAGAAAAUGUAUAAUUUUAUGUGUAAAAGGAGAAUAUAAUUUUCCGAAUUUUUGAAAUGUGAUUUUAUGUUUUCCCAAUUGGUUUUUGAGCGAUUUCUUAGUUUUUGAGUUUUUGAGAUCAUAAACUAAGACACCGUAUAAACCUAAGCAAGCAAAAAGUUAUUAAUUUAAAACUUAA